GCGCCCCCUGCGGACACUCCGCUCCAUACCUGGCGCGUUUGGAGACGGGAGAGGCACUGGAGUCUCCGGCGGCCGAACGUGUGUGUGUGUGUCCGUGUGUGUCAGCUGCGGUCUUUGUUUUCCCGGCUCAGCGUGGGACGCAGUUCUGUUCUCCAAAGAGCCACCGGCAUCCGUUAUUACAGUCGUCACCCUCGUCCUUCUCGUGCUGCCGGACCCCUAAUAAAGCCGGGACCGCUGCCUGCGGACUCACUGUGUGCGCGCGGCGCGCUCGCCUCGCUCUCUCUCUCUCGCACCCGACUCCCAGGUUUGAAGCAUGCGCCAGUGAGGAUGUCCCGCCUCCUGUCAGCGCUGGUAGUGGGCUUGGCCCUGGGUGCGGCCCGGGCGGAAGACGCCUGCUCCGGCCAGCACGGCUGCACCUCCUCCUACGGCGCCCCCGACAACGGCUCCUCCUCCAAGGAGUACUGCUACAGCGCACGCAUCCGCAGCACCGUGCUGCAAGGCCUGCCCUUCGGGGGUGUGCCCACCGUGCUCGCCCUCGACUUCAUGUGCUUCCUGGGUCUGCUCUUUGUCUUCUCCAUCCUGCGCAAGGUGGCCUGGGACUACGGCCGCCUGGCUCUGGUGACCGACGCCGACAGACAAAGACAGCAGUCCAACGGCUUGGAAGUACGGGAAUAUGUGGCCUCCGCCAUGCAGACCCCUGACCGCUACGAGCGCCUCACCUCCGUCUCCAGCUCCGUCGAUUUUGACCAGCGAGACAAUGGCUUCUGCUCCUGGCUCACGGCGAUCUUCAGGAUUAAGGACGAUGAGAUCAGGGAGAAAUGCGGCGAGGAUGCCGUGCACUACCUGUCCUUCCAGCGCCACAUCAUCGGUCUGCUGGUGGUGGUGGGCGUGCUCUCCGUGGGCAUCGUGCUGCCCGUCAACUUCUCAGGAGAUCUAUUGGAAAAUAAUGCCUACAGCUUUGGGCGGACCACCAUAGCCAACCUCAGUUCUGGGAACAACCUGCUGUGGCUCCACACGACAUUUGCCUUCGUCUACCUGCUGCUCACCGUAUACAGCAUGAGGAGACACACGUCCAAGAUGCACUACAAAGAGGACGACCUGGUCAAGCGGACUUUGUUCAUCAAUGGGAUCUCCAAGUAUGCUGAGCCGGACCAGAUCAAGCAGCACUUUGAACAGGCCUAUGACAACUGCAUCGUGCUGGAGGCUCGCAUCUGCUACAAUGUGGCCAAGCUGAUGUCCCUGACCACCGAAAGGAAGAAGGCGGAGCGCAGCAAGAAAUUCUUCACGGACCUGAUGGCCCGGGAGCACAUGCACACCAUGAUCAACCCCAAGCCCUGCGGUCACCUGUGUUGCUGCGACAUCCGGGGUUGCGAGCGGGAGGAGGCGGUGACCUACUACACAAAGCUGGAGGCCAAGUUGAAGGAGGAGUGCAGGAAGGCCAAGGCGGAGGUCAACACGAAGCCGCUGGGGAUGGCGUUCGUUACCUUUCAGAACGAAAUGAUGACCGCAAAAAUCCUCAAGGACUUCAAUGCCUGCGACUGCCAUGGCUGUAAGUGCCGUCGGGAGCCGCGCUUCUCCAGCUUCAGCAGCAGCCUGAAAGUCCACAACUGGACCGUGAGCUAUGCACCUGACCCUCAGAACGUGUACUGGGAGCACCUGUCUGUCGGAGGCAUCGUCUGGUGGCUACGGUGCUUCUUCAUCAACGUCAUCCUGUUCAUCCUCCUCUUCUUCCUCACCACCCCGGCCAUCAUCAUCUCUACCAUGGACAAGUUCAACGUCACCAAACCCGUGGAGUACCUCAACAACCCCAUCAUCACACAAUUCUUCCCCACCCUGCUGCUGUGGUCCUUCUCGGCUCUGCUGCCCACCAUCGUCUACUACUCUGCUUUCUUUGAGGCCCACUGGACCAGGUCUGGGGAGAACAGGACCACAAUGCACAAGUGCUACACGUUCCUGAUCUUCAUGGUCCUCCUGCUGCCCUCGCUGGGACUCACCAGUCUGGAUGUUUUUUUCCGUUGGCUGUUUGACCAGAAAUUCCUGGAGGACGCCAAAAUCCGGUUUGAAUGCGUGUUUCUGCCGGACAACGGCGCCUUCUUCGUCAACUACGUCAUCGCCUCGGCCUUCAUCGGUAACGCCAUGGAUCUGCUGCGCAUCCCGGGUCUGCUCAUGUACAUGAUCCGCCUGUGUAUGGCACGCUCGGCAGCCGAGAGGCGCAACGUCAAGCGGCACCAGGCCUACGAGUUUCAGUUUGGCGCCGCCUACGGCUGGAUGAUGUGCGUCUUCACCGUGGUCAUGACCUACAGCAUCACCUGCCCCAUCAUCGUUCCGUUCGGCCUCAUGUACAUGCUGCUGAAGCACCUGGUGGACAGGUACAACAUGUACUAUGCCUACCUGCCCUCCAAGCUGGACAAGAAGAUCCACUCCGGCGCAGUCAACCAGGUGGUGGCAGCGCCCAUCCUCUGCCUCUUCUGGCUGCUGUUCUUCUCCACCGUGCGCACGGGGGUCACCGCGCCUACGUCCGUGGUAACGCUGAUCGUCCUCAUCAUCACCAUCAUCAUCUGCCUCUCCCACACCUGCUUCGGACACUUCAAGUAUCUCAGCGCUCACAACUAUAAGAUCGACACCGAUGAAGUGGAUGGGCUGGGAAACGAGCGCCAGGAACAGAUGUCACCCACUAACAGGACACAGAUGUACAUCGCCCAGGUGCUGCAGGACCCCAACUCGGACGAGAUUGGCGCAGGCAGCGAGGAGGACGACGGCCAGGGCUCCUCGCAAGACGAGGAGAUGAUCAACGCGGCCGACAGCCUUAACGAGGCGGACUUCCAGUCCGGAGAGGACAGCCUCAUAGCCAACGAGGUGUGCCAGUAGAGGUGCCCGGGGGAAGAGGGCACCGACGGGCUCGAACCACGGGCGACAGGUGGAGGCGGCGGCGGCGGCGGCAUUCGACUAAAUGCAGCAGUUAACGACACUGAAGCCCUGCGCUCUAUGCGAGACCUCAUACCCAGCCGGCUCCUCUCCGGCGCUCCGUGUACAGACUCCAUGACCACAGCUGCUGCCGUUACCCGGCGCUCUGCUCCUUUCCCUGCCGCCGCUUUCCGGCACGGCGCCGCCGACCCACGGACGGCUGCGGAACGCCGUCGGAGCGGCGACCUGAGACUUCCUUCCUGUCCGUCUUUAGGACGUUCCCCUCCGCGUCCUCUUGUUUCUCGGGCGUACCUUAACACCGCUCGUCUCCCGGUUGGCUGUGCCGCUCGUGCCCGACCUCUAUUUAUUUUACUUCCUGCACAUAACUAGCCCGAGCCUCCGUUCCAGGCCGGGAGCCGUUACCGUGAGGACCAAUGUUUGUUGCUCUCGAACCCAAGGUUGGGAUGUACCACCCAGCAGCUUGCACCUUCUCGUACACUGAAGACUGACGUAGGAUUUGAGUAUUUCUCUUAUUUUUAAUUUUUUUUUUUUUUUUUUUUUUUUUUUUUUUUGUACGCAAUACAACCGGGUCCCCUUUUCGAACAAUUCCAGAAAGAAGAAGCAGCAAUUGCGCCGCAGGGUGACUUGUUCCACUACAAAACAGAGUAAAUAACGGUAUCUGAGCAAAGGUGUCGUCCCAUUGCUGGCUCGUCAGGCUUCGGGAUGGAUUCAGUGUUUCUCAAAGUCCUUUGAUUUAUUUAUUUGUGGGUUUUUUUUUUUUUCUAAGUUAGUGUGUAGGUUUGUUUUCGUUACCGUAUGUCUAACGUGGUCUGGUUCCUCUGAUUUCCCAGAAGCCAUUGCAGCGGCGCAUUAAGCUACAUCAGGCCACGGGUAAGAGUGUGUGGUGUGGAGCAGCUGGUUGAUAUUUAAUCCAGUGAAUAAAAGACGUGAGAAUCGUCUGCGUGUUUGUGUGUGUGUGUGGUGUGUGUGUGUGUGUACUUAACGUGCCACCGCGCGCGCACACUCACGAUUUCUUUUUAAUUUCCAUCGCACUGCAGCUGUUGGAAUAUUAGGGAACGUGUUCUUAUUUUUCCUGUUUCUCACAUUGGUACUAAUACAUGAUUGAGUAAAUUGCAUUUUUUGUUGAAAUUUUUUUUUUUUUUUGUUCAUUUCAA